AUGCCACUUAGCGAUUACGUGCGUCUGCGUAUCAUCGCCCUCCGAGAACAAGGGGUGCGAAUUAAAAACAUAACCGCACAAAUGGAAAAUGAAGGCCAUAAAGUGUCGCGACAAGCCAUUUACUAUGCGUUAAAUAAAUACGACGAAGGGCUUGGUAUUGCAGAUAAGCCACGAAGUGGACGUCCUUCAAAGGCUGACCUGCGCCACAUGAACGUUAUAGAAGAGGAGAUGACCAUAUUAACGCAGAAAAGUAGGAAGAGGCGCAUAUUUAUGGAACCCAAACGACGUGUUUUCAAUGCAACAAUGGCAACGAUGAAAGUCUCUAAAAGUCAUGGGAUUCUGCGUGUGCUUAUCUUCUCCUUUUUAUGCUCCCAAGUAUCAUCACAGACUUCAACUGAGACGGUUACAUCAGCAACAAGUAUUUCAACUGCUGCAGCAACAGUGGCUACAACUGAAACCGGAGCACCACCAUUGGCUACAACAGAAACAACAUCAGCGACAAGCACUUCAGCAACAGUAAUAUCUUCAGACAGUUCAUCUCAGACACCAUCUGCUCCAGAGAGUACCACUGGAACGGCAAUAACAUCAGUCACUUCAUCUCAGACACAAUCUGCUUCAGAUAGUACCACUGGAACGGCGGUAGCAUCAGUCAGUUCAUCUCAAACACCAUCUACUUCAGAGAGUACCACUGGAACGGCAGUAACAUCAGUCAGUUCAUCUCAGACACCAUCUGCUACAGAGAGUACCUAUGAAACGGCAGUGACAUCAGUCAGUUCAUUUCAGACACAAUCUGCUACUGAGAGCAGCAGUGCAACGGCAGGCAGUUCAUCCCAGUCGACAUCCACCGCUGAGAGCAGCACUGCAACGGCAGCCAGUUCCUCCCAGUCAACAUCCGCCGCUGACAGCAGUAGUGCAAAGGCAUCCAUUUCCUCCCAGUCAGCAUCCGCC